UGUUCUUUAACUUUUUCUUCCAAACCUUCCCUCUAUAUAUAACAUAGGUAUAACCGAUUCUAUUUCACCUCACAUAAUCCGAUUUAUUAUCAAAUAUAUUCCCAUGGCAGUUGAAGCAACUUCUUCAACACCUCCAUCAUCAUCACCGCAGGUUACUAUUCAACGUUCACCGUGGCACUCACCGGUGCCAUACCUCUUCGGAGGUCUUGCUGCCAUGCUGACUCUCAUUGCUUUCGCCCUCUUCAUCCUCGCCUAUUCUUACUGGAAGCUCUCUGACGAAACCGAAAGCCGCAAUGACCAUGAAAGAGAUCUAGAAUCCGAGAACCCGUACCAAGAAUCCAAACCCGAAUAUUACAAGGCGCAACCUGUUUUUGAAGAGAAGUAUUUUGUAGUCAUGGCUGGACACACAAAACCGACGUUUUUGGCAACGCCCAUUUCAAGUAGAGUUACAUCAUUUGGUUGCAACAGUGAUCGGAGCCAUUCAACAGCAAACUCCGAGUUGGAUAUAAUGGAAUCGUGAAUCGUCUGAUCAGCUCUCAGCCUUCUUCCUUGGGUUGCAGGGAACCUCAACACACCCAUUGCUAAUUUUUUUCUAUUUUAUUUCUUAAAAUGUACAUGAGUUUGGUAAUAUGUAAUUUUUACAUUUGAAUCUUUAAUUAACUUAAAACAGCAAACGAAAAUUGUACUAUAAAAGUGCUAUUAUUUGUUAGUAAAUCUAAACCACUUUCGUGAGGGAAAACACCACACCGCUGGACCAUUCCGAAUUAUCUCUUGAACUUCAGUUUUCUCUUUAGGGCAUCCCGAUUUCCAUCUAUCUCAUUAAACUCUCCAUAGCGAGGGGAAAUGAACUCAAGAGGUUAGAUUCUAAUGAAACAUCCUAGUGGUAAAUGGUGUACUCCAUAACCAAAAUGUUAUGAGUUCAAAUGUAGGA